GGAUUCGUAGAAGCGCGUCGAUGGCUAGAGCUUCGAAGCGGGAAGUUUCUUCAGACGAGGCUUACUCGUCGGAGGAAGAGGAGCAAGUUAACAAUCAGGCCAAUGUGGAAGAAGAUGAUGAAGAGCUCGAGGCCGUCGCUCGCUCUGCGGGUUCUGACGAGGAAGAUGUUGCGCCCGACGAAGCACCUGUCUCUGACGACGAGGUUGUCCCUGUAGAAGAUGACGCUGAAGAGGACGAAGAAGACGAGGAAAAAGCUGAGAUCAGCAAACGUGAGAAGGCUAGACUCAAAGAAAUGCAGAAGAUGAAGAAGCAGAAAAUUCAGCAAAUUUUAGACUCCCAAAAUGCUUCCAUAGAUGCAGAUAUGAACAAUAAAGGAAAGGGGAGAUUGAAGUAUCUUCUGCAGCAAACUGAGUUAUUUGCACAUUUUGCUAAAAGUGACCCGUCUCCGUCCCAGAAGAAGGGGAAAGGAAGGGGUCGCCAUUCUUCCAAACUAACUGAGGAAGAGGAAGAUGAAGAGUGUUUAAAAGAAGAAGAGGGUGGUAUAGCUGGAUCUGGAGGCACACGGUUGCUCACACAGCCCGCUUGUAUUCAGGGAAAGUUAAGAGAUUACCAAUUAGCUGGUUUAAACUGGCUCAUACGGUUGUACGAGAAUGGCAUAAAUGGGAUUCUUGCGGAUGAAAUGGGUCUGGGGAAGACUCUUCAAACCAUUUCUUUGUUGGCUUACCUGCAUGAGUACAGGGGAAUUAAUGGCCCUCAUAUGGUAGUUGCUCCAAAAUCAACCCUUGGUAACUGGAUGAAUGAAAUUCGCCGAUUUUGUCCUGUCCUGCGUGCUGUGAAAUUUCUUGGUAAUCCCGAGGAAAGGAGACAUAUUCGUGAAGAACUGCUAGUUGCAGGGAAAUUCGACAUUUGUGUUACAAGCUUUGAGAUGGCUAUCAAAGAGAAGACAACAUUGCGCCGUUUUAGCUGGCGAUAUAUAAUCAUUGAUGAAGCACAUCGAAUUAAAAAUGAGAAUUCACUCCUUUCGAAAACCAUGAGACUUUUCAGCACCAACUAUCGGCUUCUUAUCACGGGAACCCCUCUUCAGAAUAAUCUCCAUGAAUUGUGGGCCCUUCUCAAUUUUCUUCUCCCUGAGGUUUUUAGUUCAGCAGAAACUUUUGACGAGUGGUUUCAAAUUUCUGGUGAAAACGACCAGCAAGAAGUUGUCCAACAACUUCACAAGGUUCUGCGACCAUUUCUUCUUCGGAGGUUAAAAUCAGAUGUAGAGAAAGGCUUACCUCCAAAAAAGGAGACAAUACUCAAAGUUGGCAUGUCUCAAAUGCAAAAACAGUAUUACAAGGCUUUACUGCAGAAGGAUCUUGAAGUGGUUAAUGGUGGUGGAGAACGCAAACGUCUGUUGAACAUAGCAAUGCAAUUGCGGAAAUGCUGCAAUCACCCUUAUCUCUUCCAGGGUGCAGAGCCUGGUCCCCCAUAUACCACAGGAGAUCACCUUGUAACAAAUGCAGGUAAAAUGGUUCUCUUAGAUAAAUUGCUACCUAAGUUGAAGGAUCGAGAUUCAAGGGUUCUGAUAUUUUCUCAGAUGACAAGGCUUUUGGAUAUUCUUGAGGAUUAUCUAAUGUAUCGCGGUUACCAGUACUGCCGUAUUGAUGGAAAUACUGGUGGUGAUGAACGAGAUGCUUCCAUAGAAGCCUACAACAAGCCAGGAAGUGAGAAAUUUGUUUUCUUGUUAUCCACUAGAGCUGGAGGACUUGGUAUCAAUCUUGCUACUGCAGAUGUUGUGAUCCUCUAUGAUAGUGACUGGAACCCUCAAGUUGACUUGCAAGCUCAGGAUCGUGCACAUAGGAUUGGUCAAAAAAAAGAAGUUCAAGUAUUCCGGUUUUGCACCGAGAAUGCUAUUGAGGCGAAAGUCAUUGAGAGAGCUUACAAGAAGUUGGCACUUGAUGCUCUGGUUAUUCAGCAAGGGCGAUUGGCAGAACAGAAAACUGUUAAUAAGGAUGAGUUGCUUCAAAUGGUGAGAUAUGGUGCUGAAAUGGUGUUUAGUUCUAAAGAUAGCACAAUUACGGAUGAGGAUAUUGACAGAAUCAUUGCCAAAGGAGAAGAGGCAACGGCUGAACUUGAUGCCAAGAUGAAGAAAUUCACUGAAGAUGCAAUACAGUUUAAAAUGGAUGACAGUGCUGACUUUUAUGAUUUUGACGAUGACAAUAAGGAUGAGAGCAAGGUGGAUUUUAAAAAGAUUGUGAGUGAAAAUUGGAAUGAUCCACCAAAAAGAGAGAGAAAGCGCAACUACUCUGAAACUGAAUACUUCAAGCAAACAUUGCGACAAGGUGCUCCAGCUAAACCUAAAGAGCCUAGAAUUCCACGCAUGCCCCAAUUGCAUGAUUUUCAGUUCUUUAACAUUCAGAGGUUGACUGAGCUGUACGAAAAAGAAGUGCGCUUCCUUAUGCAAGCACAUCAGAAAACUCAAAUGAAAGACACAAUUGACGUUGAUGAACCUGAAGAAGUUGGAGAUCCCUUAACUGCUGAAGAAGUGGAAGAAAAGGAGCUAUUGCUGGAAGAGGGUUUCUCAACAUGGAGCAGAAGAGAUUUCAAUGCCUUCAUUAGGGCUUGUGAGAAGUAUGGCCGGAAUGACAUAAAGAGUAUUGCCUCUGAGAUGGAAGGGAAAACUGAGGAAGAGGUUGAACGAUAUGCUCAAGUUUUCCAAGAGCGAUAUAAAGAGCUGAAUGAUUACGACAGAAUCAUCAAGAAUAUUGAGAGGGGGGAAGCAAGAAUCUCUAGGAAAGAUGAAAUCAUGAAAGCUAUUGGGAAGAAACUAGAUCGCUACAGAAACCCGUGGCUGGAACUGAAGAUUCAGUAUGGUCAGAACAAAGGGAAGCUGUACAAUGAAGAGUGCGACCGUUUCAUGAUAUGCAUGGUCCAUAAACUUGGGUAUGGAAACUGGGAUGAGCUAAAGGCAGCGUUUCGGACAUCCCCCUUGUUCAGGUUUGACUGGUUUGUAAAAUCCCGCACAACUCAGGAACUUGCAAGGAGAUGUGACACACUAAUCAGGUUGAUUGAGAAAGAGAAUCAAGAAUAUGAUGAGAGAGAGAGGCAAGCUCGAAAAGAGAAGAAGCUUGCUAAGAGUGCAACGCCAUCAAAGCGACCUUCGGGUAGGUCAGCAAAUGAGAGCCCUUCAUCUCUUCUGAAGAAACGAAAGCAGCUGUCAAUGGAUGAUUAUGUGAGCUCGGGAAAGCGUAGGAAAUAAGAAGGCCUGUGUUGAAUCCAUCACUAAGUAAUCAUAAAGAUAUAUGGUUACUUCUAGGUAUGAUUCCAAACCGGGGAAUUAGUUAGAAAAAGCUUCUUAGUGACAAGGAUCUUAUAUUUUGUACUCGCAAGCAUUACUGCAUUGUCUCCGACUUCUCUUAUAUCUUCAACGUGUAUUUUACUUCAAUUUUUUGUAGAAAUAUUCACCACAUUCCUAGUAGUGGUUUUAAGUAAAUCUCAAUUCAACUU